AUGAACAGGUACCUCGCUGGAGGCGAAGUGACACUGGCGGACCUUUUCCACCUACCUUUCGGCAACACCCUGGGGAGCAUGGGAUACGAUCUGCUCACCACUUCGUCGAGGCCGAACGUGUCCAGGUGGUGGAAAAAUAUCAGCUCGCGCCCGGCAUGGCAAGCCGUGAAGGAGAAUGCUUGA